GGUCCUCCACUGCGGGCCCGCUCUCUGCUGCAGAAAGGGGCUGCGUGACGUCACUGACGGCACAAGCGGGUCCUUGAUUGGCGAAAAAAUAAAAAAAAAAAUGGGGAGAAGAUUGCUAGGACCUGAGGUGGAGGAACCAUGGGAGAUGUAGUAGGGGACCAGCUGAAUGGCUCUCUGUGAAGUCAUGUAACUAAUAAGCUUUCCAUUACACAUGGGAUUUUUCCUUCACUGACUGACGUCCCCCAUUUCCAUAUUCUCACCAUGAGAGGGUCUGUCACGAGCCUGACCUCUGUGCCCUCAUACUGGCGCUGUCACUGAGCCACGUGAGCGCCGCCUAUUCCCCGGCAGUAGCUGCACGGAAUGGCCUCUCUGGACCUUCCAUACCGCUGUCCUCGCUGUGGGGAGCACAAGCGCUUCCGAAGCCUUUCGUCCUUGCGUGCCCACCUUGAGUAUAACCACACCUACGAGACUCUCUACGUCCUGUCCAAAUCCAACAGUGUGUGUGACGCUGCUGCUCUGCUGCCCUUAGUUGCUGAGGGAGCUCUCCUCUCACCUGCCAACAACAACGACCCUUUUGAGCCCCUAAGGCCUUCAGCCCUGAAAGAACGGCGCUUUCCUUGCCGUGAGCUUCCUUGUGUGGAUGACCUAAGUUUGACCCCAGCCAACUCCAAUUCUGCAGCCAGGUACAUUCCUAAUGUGGAAUUCCCCUUGGGGGAGAUCUUCAGUACGAAAGCUAUGACAUCCACAGACCCAGGUCCCCAUGGAAACCCCAGCACUGCUGUAGCGGUUGCAGCGAAUGUUGCAGCCAGUGCAGUGGAAGCAGCGUAUGAAGAAGGCCUGGCCAGGCUGAAGGCCCGAGCGUUCGAACGUCUGGAGCUGGAUGAGAGGCUGGAAAAGCUGUCAGAGGAGGUGGAGCAGAAAAUAGCGUCCCGUGUCGGGCGUCUCCAGGCGGAGCUGGAAAAGAAGAGCUGCGAGUUAGAGCGGGCCAAACAGGAGAGCGACCGGCUCAGCCAGGAGAAACAAGAGCUGGAGGACAAGGCCUCAGAGCUGUCUCGACAGGUGGACGUGUCUGUGGAAAUGCUGGCCAACCUCAAGCAGGACCUGGUAAACAAGGAGGCAGAGCUCAACCAGAAACAGCAGGAAGUUGCCCAGAUUGAUCAGUUCUUACAGGAGACGGCAGCGCGUGAAGCCAACGCCAAGGUGCGCCUGCAGCAGUUUAUUGAAGAGCUCCUCGACCGGGCUGACCGGGCUGAAAAACAGCUGCAGAUCAUCAGCAGCUGUGGUACCACACCGAAUGGCAGUCUGGGACGCUGCAGCCUGCAAGCCUCGAAGGGCAGUGGACGCCAGAGGAACUCCAGCCUCUCUGGAAGCACAAGAGGAAUGUACCAAGUUUCCGAGAGACGUUCUUCCCCCAGCACUGGUGCAUCGGGGAGGAUCAAGUCCGUCUCCCAGGGCUCUGGAGGCUACGACAGUGACAGUGUCGAGAUGCAUCCCAUGGAGGAGUGUCCAGAGGUGCAGUACUAUCAGAUGCAGUGCCGGCUAGGUGAGGGAGGGUAUGAGCGCUCUCCUGGAUGCGGCUCGAGAAACUGGGGACUCCGGAAGCAGGCCAUCCAGAACUGGCAGCGGCGACCUUACAGGAACAGCACCGAAGGGGAUGAGGGAGACAUUUCAGACGUGGGCUCUCGAACUACGGAGUCUGAAGUGGAGAUGUGGGAACAGGAGAGGAGAGCUGUGGCUGAGGUCCAGCAGUCUGCCGCACCCUAUCCCCACCACGGCAGGGCCGCAUAUCGCCCUAACGCAGGGCGGUCUGAGGGAGUUUACAGCAAGUCAUGCCGCCAUGAAAAGAGCCCCUCCAAAUCCAACGAGGUCAUCAGUCCUGAAAUCCUGAAGAUCCGUGCAGCCCUCUUCUGCAUCUUUACAUAUCUGGACACCAAAACCCUGCUGAGGGCAGCCGAGGUCUGCCGCAACUGGAGGUUUGUGGCACGCCACCCAGCCGUGUGGACCAGGGUGCUGCUAGAAAACGCUCGUAUUUCUUCUAAGUUCCUGUGUACAUUAUCCCAGUGGUGCACUCAGACGCACUCUCUCAUUCUGCAAAACCUCAAACCGAGACAGCGGGGAAAGAAGGAGUCCAAGGACGACUACCUUAAAAGCACACGUGGCUGUCUUGAGGAGGGUCUGGAGGCCUUGUUAAAAGCCACAGGAAGUAACCUCCUCAUACUGAAGAUUUCACACUGUCCCAAUCUUCUGACUGAUCGCUCCCUUUGGCUGGCCAGCUGCUUCUGCCGAGCCCUUCAGGCCGUGACGUACAGGAGUGCCACAGAUCCAGUGGGUCAGGAGGUCAUCUGGGCCCUUGGUGCAGGUUGUAGAGACAUUAUUUCUCUGCAGGUGGCUCCAUUACAUCCAUGCCAACAACCUGCUCGCUUCAGUAACCGAUGUCUGCAGACCAUUGGGAGGUGCUGGCCCCACCUACGAGCUCUUGGAGUGGGGGGAGCUGGAUGUGGCAUUCAGGGACUCGCCUCCCUGGCAAGGAACUGCAUGCGCCUUCAGGUGUUAGAGUUAGACCAUGUGAGUGAAAUCAACCAGGAGGUGGCAGCAGAAGUUUGCAGAGAAGGCUUGAAGGGUCUGGAGAUGCUGGUGUUAAGUUCCACACCAGUCACCCCAAAAGCCCUCCUCCACUUUAACAGUGUUUGUCGGAACCUUAAAUCUAUUGUGGUUCAGAUUGGAAUCGAGGAUUACUUUGAGGAUCCCAACAGCCCAGAGGCGAGAAAACUCUUUGAUGAGAUGGUUAACAAGCUGCAGGCUCUGAAGAAAAGGCCUGGAUUCUCCAAGAUUCUCCACGUGAAAGCAGACAGUCUCUGCUAACCCUCUUGGUGGAUGUCUAAGUUCUUGAGAGGGCAAAUCUAAGCUGCCGUUACUCAAAAAGGGUCCACCUGCUCAGAGCUUAUUUCCCGGAGUUGAAUCCAUGUGCAACAACAGCACAAACAAGACUUGGUCCAAAGCUCUGAGUCCUUUUGUCGAGAGGUAAUGAUCUAAAUCUAAAAAUGUGAUUAAGGCUAACUUAAGGUUUCUGUUGCCAUCAGACUCGCAGCGGUUACGUGUUUCAAAUAAGAAGACAGUUUUGAAAUAACAACUCCAGAACGACAGCAACUCUCGGACUCCUUUGUGGUGUUGGUUAUUUCAGAAAAGGGGUCUGUCGUCGCACACAGCAUCUGGAGCUGCAUUUCCUCUUCCUGCAUACAUCAAGUACCUUCAGUCUCAACAGCUAAGAGGACGGUUGUCAAGUAAAUUUGAAAAGAUGUACAUAAAAACAGCAGCUUUCCCAAGAGCUUUGACCUCACAUACUCAAUGGGUUAGCUUCUUUUGUGCGGCUGAGGAGGAAAGUGAACACAAAGGUCAACUUAAUGAGCUUUUUAGGCUUCCGCCCAGAAACUCAGAAGUGCUGCAGCCGCUCCAUGCACGGAGGAAGUAGAGACAGCUUCUCUGCAGCGUUGCAGCCAUGUAAAUCACCUCUUUUAACUAUCCUCUGCUUCCACAUGCGGACAGAACCAAGUCUCUCAUCUGGACUCAGUGUUUUUGGGUCAUCGGUCCUGUUGGGACGUGUUUAUGUCAGAAUACAGAAGGCAGUGUUAUGUUUGUAACUGUGUAUGUCCAGUGAACGUUUUCUUCUGUGCCAAUAACAGGGAAAUGGGGGAGGGGCAUGCAAUAUAUGGGACUGAUGUGAAUGGAAACAGCUCUCCCAGAACAUAAUCCCACUCUGAAUGUGUUCCUACAUGGUUUGAGUUUCCAAACACACCAGGGCCAAUCCAAACACAAGUCUGAGAUCCUCUGCCUCCAUCUGCUGGUAUUUCCAUGUAAUGACAUCUCUCAUACAGAUGCAGACUCAUCCUUUGCAACCUGAAACAAAAAUAAACACACACAAAAAAAGCGUCCACAAAAUGAUGACAGUGAUCUAAUUAUAUCUGCAGAAUGUCAAAGGAUGAUUAGCAAUACCCUCUGAGUGUGACUGCUGUGAGUCAAACAGGACAGUGCCGUGACACGCUGUUUCCUUUUUAGGAGUUUAAUCCCUGUGGGUCAGAGAUCUUCUCACAUCAGAUCACCAACCAGACGUUUGUUGCAAAUCAUUAUGGUUGUAAAAAUUACACGUUUUAAAGCAGAAAGACACAACAGGGAGCUAGGGACAUAAACAAUCUUUUAAUGGGUAGCUGUUUCCAGCAUUUUUUGUGAGAUUUACCUCACAAUGUGGACCAAAAAAAAAGGCUAGAAUUAUUUUGCACAGCUUUUUUUUUUUUAAUUAUCUGUCUGGAAAUGUUCCCCCUAGUUUUAAAAACAAGUGCAAUAUUCCUUUACCGUACUGCAAUUAUACUAAAGGAAAUCUUGCAGACAUGAUUGUAAUGAUUACUGUAAAAAAAAUAAAAAAUAAACACGUCGACUUUCUAAAAGUGCUAAGUGAACUCUUUAAAUUAAAUAUUUAAAAAUGUUUAUGUAAAAACAAGCCAGCUUCUGAUUAUGGUCUUGUAAAAACUAUUUAUUUCUGGUGAAAUGAUGUUCUUCCAUUAAUACCCCACACAUAAAUACUGACAGUCCAUUGGGACAAUCUGGACAAAAGCACCUGCUGAUUUUAAGUUUUUGACAAUCUUACUUACGUUAUCAGCAACUCUGUACAAAAGGUUUGCAUAGAAAAAAAAAUCUAUCAACAUGUAACGUUAUAUACUAUUUUAAUGUCAAAUUCUGAGUGGGAAUGUUGGACGUUUACAGGUCUUCAUUAUAUACAAAUUUGUUUUUUCCAAAGGUGAAUGAAAGAUAAACAUAGAGAAUUAUAUUAAGUAUAACAGUAGUGUUGAAAUUGCAGUUGAGUAAUAGAUACUUUAUAUUAACUGUGCAUCAGAGUCAUAUAGAGAUGGAAAUUAUUUAAGAAGAGGUAAAAGAUAAUUCUGCUAUUUAUUUCUAUAAAAGAGCGCUGUGUAUAAUGUUGGCAUGUUUGUGUUCAUGCAUCAAUCAUUGAGUUGCCUUCCUAACUGUUUUGCUUCUGUGGCAAAAGAAAAUGUAAAAACUUAUUAGAUGUUUAAAGAGCUUUGAUUGCCUGCAGAUUAAUAUUAGCAUUCCCCCUUUUUUUAUCCGUCUGUUGUUGCACUAUAUCAAAAAAAAAAGAUAUUUAAAGAUGUUCGCUAUAGGAGUGUUACUUUUAAUGUUUAUUGAUAUAAAAAAAAAGAAUGAAGCACUUUUUCUUGGACACUUCUCGGUCAUCGGUUUGUCAGACGUUUCUGUCUGCAGGACGCUUUCCAACAUUGUAAAAAGCUGAGCUUACGUCGCACUUUUCAUGGAAUAAAGAUAAAGACACUGAAAACAAAGUGAUGGCUUCGAAAUAUCAGUAAACGGAUGUACACCUUUUGCCCUCAUGAAGUGUCUAAGUUGAUGAGAGGUCAAAGAUGUAUCUGACACAGAUAUGUUUUUUUUUUUUUAAAUAGAAAUUUAUUCCCAUUUUUUGUUUAUGUCUGUCAUUAUUUAAUCAAGUCAUUCCUCUGUAAAUAACAGGCUCUUUCUGACAGUGCUCCAGCUGUGUUGUAACUGAUCUGCUGUAGAUGCUGCAGGACUCUGAAUCUGCAGGCUAAAAGUGCCAACUACUCUGGGGGGGGAAAAAAACAAAUUCCUGCUCUCCAUCUACAGAUUUCUGCUAUUUAAAGUCCAAAGCAUCACCUGAAAAUCAUCUUUACUCAAGUGUUAAUUACAUGUUCUUAUCAAGUGUCCUCUUUUGCAGUGAUGAUGCUGUGCAAUAGAAAAGUCAUGUGGGUGCUCAUGUACAUACUUUAUGUUAGAAUGAUUGUAAUAUGCCCAUUCAUGAACAGUGUUUUACACAUUACCUCAACACUUAAACGUAAGUGUGUUUAUUAAUAUUUUUUUGACUUCCACCAAGUUUAUUCAAGAACUUCAUCCAUUUUUUCUCAUGCAAAAAAUAGAUAUUUGCUGUUAGAGGACAAAGGUAAAACCCUGCCUUCUCUGAUGACUGCAAUAGAUGGAAAAGGACAAGUUUUGACUCUUUUGUUGUCAUGAAUAAAAUUUCUUUAAUUGUAA